ACGUCCAAUAGGAAGCGGAGAAAGGAAAAGAGUAGACAGCUUCUGCUCUGUAGCCUGAAGCGCCAUCUUGGAUAGAAAGGGGGGAUUUAAACCGAUAAAAGGACGAAUUGGAGGAGCCAAACCGUCCCAUUCGUCUGUGUGUUAGGUCCUCGUGCGUUUAUAGCACAAAGUAAAGGCGCGCACGUGACCGGGCACUUGUUAGCCUUCACCCAGCUAACAAGAGGAGGGGCGAAGGGGUUUGGGCGAAUUCUUUUCUUUUUCCGCAGCCGAAGUUGUUUGUUUAUGUUAUUUCAGACGGACAUGACCUCUUCAAACACAGAGUUAACAGACCCAAAUCUGGGUCUGGGGGCAAGUGGGACCCAAGAAAGUGGCGGGGCUGUUGUACCAAAAGGGACCAACAAAAGAAGAGCUGCGCCAGACUUUGAUGAUGACGAUGAUGACGACGAAGGAAACAAGUUGUUCAGGUGUGACGAUGAAACAUUAGGCGGCAAUGACAAAGAGCGCUUUGCCAGGGAGAACCACAGUGAGAUUGAGAGGCGAAGGCGGAACAAGAUGACUGCCUACAUCACAGAAUUGUCCGACAUGGUGCCCACCUGCAGUGCACUAGCAAGGAAGCCAGACAAACUAACUAUCCUGCGAAUGGCCGUGUCCCAUAUGAAGGCUCUAAGGGGAAGUGGCAGUACUAACUCGGAUGGGUCGUACAAACCUUCCUUUCUCACUGACCAGGAACUGAAGCACCUCAUCUUGGAGGCAGCCGACGGCUUCCUGUUUGUGGUGUCAUGCGAGACUGGCCGCAUUGUUUACGUCUCUGACUCCCUGACACCUGUCCUCAACCAGGCACAGUCUGAAUGGCUGGGCUCCUCCUUGUAUGAUCAGCUCCACCCGGAUGAUACAGAAAAGCUCAGAGAGCAGCUCUCUACUGCCGAGAAUAACAACACGGGGAGGAUGUUGGACUUGAAGACAGGAACAGUAAAGAAAGAAGGCCAGCAGGCAUCUUCUAGAAUGAGUAUGGGAGCCCGUCGAUCAUUCAUCUGCAGAAUGAGGUGUGGCUCUUGUCCCGUGGAACCGUUGUCCAUGAACAGACUGAACUUCCUGAGGAAUAGAAACAGGAAUGGUUUGGGUACAGCUAAGGAAGGCGAGCCCCAGUAUGUAGUGGUCCACUGUACAGGAUACAUCAAGUCCUGGCCCCCUUCAGGAGUAUCAUUAACAGAUGAUGAAUCAGACAACACUCAGGGGAGUCGCUUCUGUCUGGUUGCAAUUGGGCGAUUACAGGUAACUUGUUGCCCAGGUGACACAGACGUCAACAGUAUUAGUGUUCCAGUGGAGUUCAUCUCGCGCCAUAACUGUCAGGGCAUGUUCACCUUCGUAGACCACCGCUGCUUGGCAGCUAUCGGCUACCAGCCACAGGACUUAUUGGGGAAGAACAUUCUCGAGUUUGCCUACCCUGAAGACCAGGGCUUACUAAGAGACAGCUUCCAACAGGUGGUGAAGCUGAAGGGCCAGGUCCUGUCAGUGAUGUUUCGGUUUCGCUCCAAAUCGAGAGAAUGGAUCUGGAUGAGAACCAGCUCCUUCACCUUCCAGAACCCGUUUUCAGAGGAGAUUGAGUAUAUCAUCUGUACCAAUGUCAAUGUCAAUAGAAACUCAACUCAGGACCCCCUCCCACCCAUCUCUUCCCCAGUGGGUGCGCUUUCCCCCUCCCUGGGUCAGAGCAGUCCAAACUGCCCUCCUGUAAUGCUCGGCCCUGGGCAGGUGGCUGCCAGGCAGUUGCAGCAGCAGGCCGAGCUAGAGGGAGGUGGAUCCAGAGACGGUCUCUAUGAGGCAGGACCAACCGCCCUCUCACAGAUGCCAGUGACAGCGGCGGGUCCCGACCCUAGCAAGAGCCUUGAGAAGCCCGAGCUGUACCCCUCCCUUUUCCAAGGCCCAGAUCAAACCAAAGGCCUGCCCUCCAUCUCUACUCCCACCGCACAGAUCUACCCUUCAGCCAAUAGCUUCGAUGCUGGUCGUUCCAAUGAUGCAUACAGGCCGGUCAGCAUGACUCCACAGAUGGCACCGCCAGCCCACUCGGCAGGGCAGAUGCUGGCUCAGAUGUCUCGUCAGAAUGGAGCCCCUCAGUCGGUCACCCCCUCCAGCACUGUCAGCCCCCUUCAUGGAGGACCAUCUGGAGGAUGGCCUGGAGCCGCAGCUGGAGUCAGACCACAAUUUAAUAACCAGCAGGUGGCUCCACAAGCUGCAAAGACCAUGCCUCCGCAGUUUGCUCCCAUGGGAGGAUUUGGCAGUAGCUCUUCCAACUCUUUUGGCCAGAUGCCGACAGGUGCUGCUCCCACCCCAACCAACAAUGCAAACUACCCACCCAUUAAUGCACAUGCCGGCCUCAACGGCAAUGGUUAUGAUGGUUCUCGGUCCGGGCCGCAGUUUCCCUCUCGAGCAGCAGAGGCAGUGUGGCCCCAGUGGCAAGGCCAGCAGCACUCGCUGAGUAAUGCAGAGCAGCAUCCUCAUGCUCAGUGCAACCAGCAAGACAUUUUUCCUGAUGUGUUGUCUAUGCUGGACCAGCCUGCCAACUUCAACGGCGAUGACUUUGAGAUUCCCAUGUACCCCGCGUUUGAUCAGUGACCCGGUCAAUACUUCUCAGCUGGUCCACCCCUUUUGUCUUGAGUGUUUUUGCCCUCACUCUUCCUUAUGUUAUAUGGCUCUUAUAGCUUUUCUGCUCCUCUUGUCUUCCUGCUCCUGAGAGAAGCCCUAUUGCUCUAUUGCUAUGCAUGGCUUAAAUUGCACUGCUGCAAGCCAUUUUAAAGAAGGAAGGAUACAUCUGACUACAGAUAUAAAGGGGAGGAAAAUCAAGGAUUUGCUCCUGACAAUAAGACAAUUGAUUUACCAAUAUUACAACCAUUGUAAUGCUGCGUUCACACCAAACACGAAAGUAAGGUGAAAGAUUUGCGUGACACUGUUUCGCAAAAGCCUAUCGGCAUUGAGAUGCUGGCACCGAUCCAAGCUAACAGGUCGUCAAACUGGCUCCUGGUCGGCCUCAAGUAGCGCUGGAAGCGGCAGUCAUCCAGACGCAGUUCCUGGAGAAGUCUGACAUAUUAUGAACCCAGACACGAGGGCGGUUGACGUUCGUGGGACUUCCACAACAUGUACAAAGUGGAAAUGGUGGUUAUUUCUUUCAUGGUGGUGGCGGUAAUGAUAACUCAUUUUAUGGAGAUAAGCCACUCCUCUCUAGCGCGAAUAACCACAAAUAGUCUGGCGAGUAAUGAAGUGUGAAAAUUUGCUUCGCUUUUUGUGUGAACGCAGCUUAAGAAUUAUCUAGCUAGCACUGCCCAAAGCUCAACAACCUAUGUUGUAGAUGGAGAGAUAGAGAUAUAUAUAUAUAUAUAUAUUUCUUUUCUUUUUUAAAGCGCACACAAUCGCCCAACCACACUUGAAUAGACUAAACAAAAACACUCUUAAACUCUGGUAAACAUACACAGGAAGUAAAAGCACACAACAGCCUUUUUAUUCUGAAAUCUUCCUAAUUUUUCUCAGGCAUUGAUGAAGAGUGUAUUUUUCUGUUUUACCCUUUUUUUUAGCGUGUAGACUAAUCACUCUAAUCGUUGAUUUUAAACUCUCAGGAAUUUGCAGGGAUAUACAGCUUUGGUGAUUUGUUUUGUUGUUGUUGUUGUUGUUCUCAGCUGUGUCACGCAAACCACCACUGCCUGUGCGAACCUCGCUCACAGUUUUAAAUCCACAGCAUGUCUCUGCAUGUCAGCACCGCUUUCAUGGAGCACCUAUACAAUGUGUAGAUUUGUACUAAAUACAGUUUUCUAUGUACAUUGGUGGCUUCACCUAUACAUUUAAUUAUGUUGUGUUUUCUCCUGAGGAACAUGAGUUUUUUUUUUUUUUCCUUAUUAAAUGAUGUCGUCCAACAGACACACAGUGUUAACAGUUGCUGCAUACUGUUUGUCUAGGUGCCUGUUGGAAAUGUAUACAAUCUAUUUUUCCUUUCCAUAUAUAUAUAUAUAUAUAU